AAAAAUGUUAACCAUAAAAUAAUAUCAGUAUCAAAAGGCCACACAUUUGUGCAACAUUUUCACUCGAAAGCAACAAGGCAUGACGGUAAUAAGAGUUUAAAUAAGCUUGGGGAGUACACUUUUUUGCUAGUAAUGGUAAUGACUUCCUCACUGUGUUCCCAGGAUAACUUGCACGUUGAAGACAUGGACAUAAAAGGAAAAUACGAAAACGCAGUGGAUAAAGACAAAGAUGUAGACAAUGAUAAAGAUGUUGAUUACAAUGAGAAAGAUGUAGAUGAAACCAUGAUGAGUUGCUCAAACAUGGAGAAAAAUAACACAAAUGACCAGGAAGUUGAGUACGUUGAUGAAAAUGAUGAAACAGUAAAUCUAGAGACAGACCAAAACUGCAAGACUGGCAUGUGUGUGAUGUGGAACACAGAGGUCAAUUUGGAAGACCCCAUGAUAAUUCGCAGUGGGAAACAGUCAGAGGACACGGAAGAGGAGGUAAUGGAAUUCUACAACACUCUGCAGUUUAUGCUGUAUGAGACAGGAUUUCCGGAAACUGAGGACCGCACUGCCAUGCCUGGGCGCGCCAACAAUAAAGAGAAUGCUGUGGUGGUGUUUCUGGCGCCACCAGAGGAUUGCAUGGCAAUGCUGCUUGAAUGCGGUAACCAAGUAUCUGACAGCAUACAUCUGAUCUUCAAAGAGUCCUGGGUCUCAAAGAAACCGUCCAAGGAAAAGCAAGGUCUGUACGAGAUUUUCAUUCUGAAGGCAAUUACGUUCCACAAGGGAGGCUUGACCUACAUUGAUGAGUUUAACCCCCCAAGGAAGUGCACCUACCUCGUGAACUACUUCUUCAAUGCAGUAGAUUCUGGACUUCCAUCCUGGGGUCUCGAAAUGGAGAAAAACCUGGCUAACCCAAUAAGUGCACCAAUUCCCCUGUGUAACCAAGUGGACGACAAGGUGUGGACACGAUACAAGAUGUCAUGCUAUGGUGUGGACCACCCAGAGACACUGGCCUUCACCCUCGCUCCAAAGAGAUAUGUACCAAGCAUCGAUACCAUAAGAGUGCUUGAACUGGGUCCAGGCAUGAAAAGCAAAAUAUCCCAAACAGAAAACAGCUUGCAUAACAAAAACAGGGGCGACAACGCUAAUAUGCAAAACAGCUCAAAUGCAACGCUAGAGAGUCAUCCUGAAUACCAGACAGCAAAUUCUGUGAUAACUGCUAGGCAUACUGAUGCCAAUGGUUUGGUGUGUACGCAUGCAGACAUGGAGCUUGAGAUCAGAAACUUCCUAAAUAAACCGUCCAUUAUCAACCGAAAGAUUGUUGUCAAACCGUCAGGCCCAAAGCACUAUGCCAGUGUUGGUGUUUCGUUCCAUCCUCCUGGUAAUGUUGAUUCUGUCAUUAAUGCGGUAGGAAUCCUACUGGACAAAAUCAUGGACGGUGAUUCAAUUCUUGUGGAGACAUUUGUUGAACCUAUCAACCCUAGGCCGGUUACAGGUAUUUCCCACAAUAUCCAGCCAACGCUGGUCGACAGUGGACUGAUGUUUAGAGUCCGCUGCACUGGUUGCAAAGAUAUUGACGGCAAACCUAUUUGCUCUCUUAUCACAUGUGGCAUUGGCUCAAUUCGUGAGCCAGUGCACGGAGACAACACAGUCCCUCAGACGCUCAACACAACCCUGCUGGCAUUCGGAGUCUCUGAUCCGUUGAUGCGUAGGAAAAUUGAGCAAGAUGUAUGCAAAAAGACAGAGGACAUCUUACAAUCUUUAAUUGAUGAAGAGAAGAAGAUGACAGCUGAGCAACGAGGCGGCAUUGGUGGCUUCACUGAUAUCAUAGGCAUAGAUUUCUUCCUGACAGAGAAGAACGGCCAGAUCGUCCCAGUUGCGGUAGACGUUAACAGUCACGACUGCACAGCCAGCUGUCUGAAGUUUGAUUGCAUAGUUGACUUGAUGGAUCGAUGUACUGUACUCAACGGCCAGAUCUUAAAUCCAGUGGUCCAGCAAUACGAGCAUAGCAUUGGAGUUUCAAGCGACAACUCAAGUCAGUACAAGAGAAGAGACCUUGACAUGCCGAAAUUCGAUGAAUUGUUUGGUCGAAGUGUUAGACCCUGGGUUCGAACCAUGCUCACGCGUUCCCAGGACUACCUGCUUCAAGAUAAGACAAUCCUUGUGAUUGGGGCUGGAGGCUAUAGCAAUCAGUUUAUCUGGCCUUCUGCGUUGGAGUUGGGAGUCAAUAUAGUCCUGGUGGACUCCAAUCUGGAGUACUUUGCACGUGACCUUGUUUACCGUUUCAUCAGCAUUGACAUCGAGGACCACAAAAGGGACCGUGCACAUGCGAGCUUUAUUGUUGAGACGCUACGGGACAUGAACAUCAGUGUGGACGGUUGUCUCACCUUCUGGGAUGACUGCGGACCAUUGGCAGCUCUCGUUUCUGAACUGCUAAAAACUAAAGGCAAUACAUACAAGGCAGCUUACAUGGCAAAAACGAAGAGUCUCACCCAGGCACAUUUGAGAAAACGUACCGGACCCAUUCCUCACUGGCAAUACACGUCUUUGUUUGCAUGUAGGUCAGCACGUAUAACAUGCGAGGCAGACAUUCCCAAGGCUAUUCAAGCUGUGAGUAUUCCUGCCAUCCUCAAGCUAGAACACGCCUCAUGUGCGGUGGGUGUGAAUAUUGUCAAGUGCAAAGAGGACGUAUUCAACCAGUACGCAAACAUCACCAACAGGCUGCGAACCAAUGUUGACUUCCGGGGUGUUGGUCUGGGUUUCAGCAAUUUAAUGGUUCUCAUGGAACACCUUCAGGGAUCAGACCAUGUCGUCGAUGUUGUCAUCUUUGAGCGGAAGCUUGUUGCGGCUUUUAUCACCAACAACGGUCUUACAAACUGGCCGUCUUAUAUUGAGACCUCAGCCUUGAUGCCUUCCAACUUGACUGUGGACAAACAGGCCCAGCUGGUGAAUGCUGCAUUCCAGUGCCUUACAGAACUAGGUCUGUCAAAUGGAGUCUUCAACGUGCGGAUGCAGUUGACGUCGAUAGGGCCCAAGCUGAUAGACAUAAAUGCACGCACUGGUGGCCUAUACAUCUGUGACUGGGUAAAAAGGCUCUACCGCAUUGAUCUCAUGAAGUGUGCACUGUUGGUCUCGUGUGGCAUUCGCCCAUACAUCCCGCUCAUACCGCCCUCUGAGUACAUCUUGGGUGUGAUGCUAAUGCCGUCAAAGCACAAGCACGUGAUGCAUGACAAAGUGACCCGAAUGAUCCUGGAUGACAUGCAGUCUCAAGGGGACAUCAUCCUCACCUUGCUGGAGACUGAAGAAUCCCUCCGGUUUGCGAAUGAUAAAGCAGAGUACGAGCAGCCAUACGCCAAUAUCGCUGUCCAGGCCCAAACUGUUGAGGAGGCCCGAAGGAAAUUGCUCAACAUCUGCAAGAAACUUGCCAUUGAGACCAGCGACUAUAAGGUCUCCCAAUUCAUCCAGCUUUGUUAAACAAACGUCUAUGGAUUUAGAAGAUAGUCUGUCAGCUGUGUAUUUUUUUUAAUGAUUUUCCCUAUUAUAAUCAAUUUUCCAUUAAAAAAAAUGUCUUCUAUUUAAAAUUGUUCAUACUUUUUUUUACUUAUUGGCUCACCUUGAUCACUUAACCCUUUGCAAAAUUUGUCGUCUGCUAAAAUGUCUGCUGAAUUUCUAAAAUAAGCAUUUUCUUUUAGAUUUUUUUCAAAGAAUACUAUCAU